AGACGCAAACAGCAAGAGCAGAUGGCUGACUGCUGAUAAAGCCAAAAAGGACUUGACCAACUGCGUGUCUGUCGUUUCUUGUUUGACACGAGAAGUUGCGUCGAUUUGACACUUGGGCGACGCAGAGGAGACACGCAGUCCGUCCCCAGCAUGAGCACGAGCAUGAGCACGAGCAUGUUGUUGCGCUUGCUGUCCUGCCUCAUCCUGAGCGUUAUGACCUCGCCAUCACCGCCGUCACCCACCGAGCCGCCGCCGCCGCCACCACCCACCGAGCCGCCCUUGAUCCCCGGGCACCCUUUUGUGGCCAUUUGGAACGCCCGCACUGAGCAGUGCCAGCGUCUGGACAUCCCACUGGACACUUCGGCCUUCCAGGCGGUGACCACGCCGGCCUCGGUUCCAGGCCAGUUCCUGACCAUCUUCUACGAGGACCGCCUGGGCCUCUACCCCAAGAUGGACCUCGGCAGGAGGGCCCGCCGCCAGGGCGGCGUCCCUCAAAACGGCAACCUGACGGCACACCUGCUCAGGGCCAGGCGGCAAAUCCACCACGACAUAGCCCAGGACCAGUCCCCCGGUCUGGCCGUCAUAGACUGGGAGUCCUGGCGCCCCCUGUGGGCUCAGAACUGGGGGGCCAAGCGCAUCUACCAAAAGCUGUCCUUGGCCAGCGCCUUGCAAGCAUCCCCGUUCUCAUCCCUGAAUCAAAUCUUCCGGUUGGCCGUAGAUCAGUUCCAGAGCGCCGCCAGGAGCUUCAUGGAGAGAACCAUCCGUCUGGGAGUCGGGGAGCGCCCCAGCCGCCGCUGGGGCUUUUACCUCUUCCCUUACUGCUACAACUACGGCUGGGACAGGGACAACUACACGGGCCGCUGCUCGGCCAAGUCCCGCCAGCAGAACCGGGAGCUGCAGUGGUUGUGGGAGCUCAGCACCGCCUUCUUCCCAUCCGUCUACCUGCACCCCGCCCUGAGGAACUCGCCCCGGGCGGCUCUCUACGUGCGGCACCGGGUGCGCGAGGCCUUGAGGGUGGCGGCGCUGCCCGAACGCCGCUACACCGCGCCCGUCUACGUCUACUCCAGACCCCUGUAUCGAGGCCAGAAGGGGAUUUUUGAGAGCGCUGUGGAUCUGGUGAGCACGGUGGGCGAGUCGGCCGCUCUCGGGGCCGCCGGCGUGGUCAUGUGGGGCGGGAGCAGUGACUACAAUGACAAGGCCUCCUGCCGGUCGCUGUCCGACUACUUGAGGUCCACGCUCAACCCGUAUCUCGCCAACGUGACGGCGGCGGCCGCGUUGUGCGGCCGGGCCCUCUGCCAGGGGCGCGGGCGCUGCGUCCGGCGGAGCUACGACGCGCCCGUCUACCUCCACCUGGACGCCGCCCGCUUUGACAUCCUGCGAGGCGACGACGGGAAGUACGUGGCCGUGGGCCUGCCGUCCCCCGAACAGCGUGAUGCCUGGGCCCGCCACUUCACGUGUCAGUGCUACGCCGGACAAGAGUGCGAGGCGCGACUGGCGCCGCCGCCCGCUGCCAUCCAGGUCAUCAAGGUGUGACCAGGUCCGGCGCGGCCAUGUUGGUAACUAGGCCAUGAUGUCAUUUCAACUUUCAUUGAAUGUGUGGAUGGUCUCCAAUAAAAAUGUUGACAACAA